AUGAUAUGUUCACCCACACAAUAUCUCCACACUGUCACGCCAGGAACACGAUCGAUUAAUAAAGGAUUUUCAGUUGAUGAUCAAGUCAUUCGUGCUGUUUACUUCAGUACGUCGCCGGUGAAUACAUAUUUGUACUCCGUAGAUUCCAUUUACGCUUUACGACCGACUGACCCUUGUAGAGAACAUCACAUUAAUUACUAA